AUGCCAUCUGUAUCGAUCCAUCUUCUAUCACUGGCCCUGUGCCUUUCGUCGGGAUUUCAACAAGGAUACAUUGCCUCUGUUCUCAAUCAGCCAUACCUACAAAUCGAAAGCUUCAUUAACCAGUCAUGGGUAGAGCGAUAUGACACGGAGAUGAGCCAUGAAAUGCUGAACGUCCUGCUGUCUCUGCUGAACGUCUGCUUUCCCAUAGCAACCAUUUUUGGACAAUUCCUGGCUGCAUUUCUAUGUAAGAAAAUUGGAAGGAAAGGCACCGCGCUGUUAGCCAGUGCUCUCUACAUUCCCGGCGUACUGCUGUGUUUCGCCUCAAAAUAUCUGCACCCUUAUUUCGAGCUUCUAUACCUUGGACGCAUUUUAUGGUCUCUGGCGAACGGUAUCAGCAGUGUGAACGCUACUGUCUGGAUUGUCGAAUGUGCACCGCCUCAGAUCCGUGGCAGAAUGGCGUCCAUGCAGGAGUUCUUCAUGGCUAUCGGCUCACUGAUCACUCAAGCGUUUGGCGUUCCAUUCUCUAACGAAGAACUUUGGCCUUUCAUCUUCUUGCCGAAUGCCGCCUUCGUACUUCUCUCAAUGGUUCUGUUCUUCGUUGUUCAUGAAUCACCGCAAUUCAUAAUAGAGAAGACAGGAAAUCGUGAAAAGGUGGCCUAUCACGGUGUAGGAGUCGAAGAUGCAACAGUUGAAACGGAAAUGAAAAUCUGUGAAGAGAGUGUCACUAAAUCAAAGGAGAAGGCAAAAGCUAAGGAGGCGAAAUCCCCCAUACAGACCGAGCACGACUCAGUGACCGUGAUUUUCAUGCCAUGGAAAGCUCGAGACGACAGUUCUAAGGUGAUUCGUGAGGCGGCAUGGCUUGGAGUGAUGGUGAAGAUUGCGUACGUAUUCACUGGAGCCAGAUGUCUGCGAGCAUUCAGUACUUUUGUCCUGUACAACCUGGGACGAUGGAGUUACGAUGGCGCACUUUACGGAUCUUUCGCUAUUAGUCUACUUAGGAUUCCUUUCACUCUGAUCCCAGUGUUUCUUGUUGACCGUCUUGGACGACGGCCGUUGAUAGUCACGUCAACGGUGAUCUCAUUUCUGUCGCUGUCUCUGAUGAUAAUCGGAAUCGAUCUCGGAGCUAGUUGG